AUGGACUCUUCGCGGACUCUUUGGUCGGACCUAAAACAGACUCCGGAAUGUAGCAGGCCUUGGUCCAAAAAGUCUCUUUUUCUGCACGUCCGGAAUCCGUCCAGAAAGAGUCCGUUCGGACUCUUGGGGACAACUUUGGGACGCUGGAAAUUGGCAGGCUGCCAGGCCAAGAAGACUGUUGACAUCACCUGCAGCAACCGCAACGAGCCGCCCUCUCCCGACGCCAUCCGAGUCACCUACCGCUGCACCCUCCACAACCACCCCUUGCCUGCCCGCCACCCCUUGACGCCCAUCCGCCGUCCGCCCACUCGCCACAUUGUCUCCUGUAACCGUGACCCCACCAAGUGUGUCAACAAGCGCCCUGCUGACGGCGCUGCGAAUCACCCUAACAAGAGGGCUGCUCACAGCCCUGAAGACCUUCCCACCGGCCGCGCUACUGACCAGCAUUUCAACCUCGCGGGUUCACACGAUGGGGUUGGCGAUACUCCGUUCAACACCAAUCGACCAGCUGAUUAUAUCGGCGGUCUGAACGCCGUCGCGAGUGAUUUUGGUGCGGUCCUGAACGGCCUGGAUGCUGAUUCUGGUGGGGCUCUGAACAUCCUGAUACCAGCAUCGCAGAAUGGGAGCGUGGAAGUGGGUGCUGCUGAUACCGUUGCUGCCGCCGCUGCUGAUGGUGCUGUUGAUUUUGCAGAUUGGGCCGCAGAAGCACUUUUGCACUUUCCGUGUCAGCCGGAGCUGUGGGACCUUUCCCCGCUGUCUCCCCUGCCCACCCUCCUCCAGUCAUCUCCUCCGUGGCGGGACAAGCUUCCCAUCCCCGUUAGUGUCUGCUCCACUGACCUCAACAGUGCUGCUGUUGACAUGGUGAGGUGUACAGUGCCUCUGGAAGGACUGGUUGAUGAGCUCGGAUGUCGAAUGCAGGAAAAAGAUCACAGCCGUCGAUUGGAUGGCGAAGACUCUGAAGAUCCGACGGAUGAGAUUGACUCUUGGGUGCUCCUGCAUGCUACUGUGCUGGGUGCUUCAACUUCUUCUGAUGCUCCUGGCCAGGCUGGCCUUGAGUCGCACCAAGAUGUGCAAGAUACGCCUCUAUGA